AUGGGGGAAAAAGUGGCUGAAGAAACUUUGGGGGAAAGUAUGACUGCAGAAACUGUGGAGGAAAAUAUGACUGAAGAAACCGUGGAGGAAAAUAAGACUGAAGAAACUGUGGCCAAAAAUCUGGAAACUGAUUUUAUGCUCGCGCACCAGGCAGUAUUUGUUUAUUUGACUUAUUUCCUGUUAUUUUGCGGCUGGGCACUUCCCGGAUUCUCUCGGGGACCUGAUGAUAGGAUUCCGGGUUACAUCUGGUUCUUUUAUGCAGCUUUUCAGGUGAUCGGUAUUGCAAUAUGGACAACCGUCGUAAUCGCUACCAUUCAAUAUAGUAAUUCACAGGUAAGGAUUAGGUUGAACUUGUAUAUGCUUGGUAUGCACCUUAUUUCAUGUCUUGGGGUUUUCAUCUGGUACUGCUUGACAGCGUUAUACGUCUACAGAGAUUCUUUGAAUCACAUUGUUCGUUUCUUAAAGUAG